AUGUCAGAACCGCCUCGCGCCGCUCCACCGCCGCUGCGAAUCGGCACCCGGAGGUCGAACCUGGCCGUCGUCCAGGCCGAGGGCAUCCGCGACAGCCUCAAGAGCAUCGCGCCCGACCGCGCCUUUGAGAUUGUGGCGCUUCACACGCUGGGCGACAAGGACAAGUCCGCCGAGCUGUACAACUUUGGCGCGAAGAACCUGUGGACGGCUGAGUUGGAGGACAAGCUGACUUGUGGGGAUCUGGAUGUCGUCGUUCACUGCCUCAAGGACAUGCCGACCAGGCUUCCUGAGUCAUGCGACCUGGCAGCCAUUCCCCUCCGUGAUGACCCCCGUGACGCUCUCAUUGUCAAGGCUGGCAUGCCUUACACAAGUCUCAAGACGCUUCCUGAAGGCGCAAUUGUCGGCACCUCGUCCGUGCGCCGCUCAGCCCAGCUGCGCCGACUGUACCCCCAUCUCCGCUUCGCCAAUCUGCGCGGCAACGUGGAGACGCGACUCGCCAAGGUCGACGAUCCAGAGAGCGAGUACACAUGCAUGAUCAUGUCCGCGGCCGGGCUCGAGCGCGUCGGCCUCAGGCAUCGCAUCAACCAGUACCUGGGCUCCAAGGACGGCGGGAUCCUGCACGCCGUCGGGCAGGGGGCGCUCGGUCUCGAGAUCCGCAAGGGGGAUGAGGAGGUCUCGCGGCUGCUCGAUCGGCUGGCGGACGAAAAGUCGACGCUUGCUUGCCUUGCGGAGAGGGCGUUGCUGUACACGCUUGAGGGCGGGUGUACUGUUCCGAUUGGGGUUGAGACGGAGUGGGUUGAUGGGGGGGAGCGGGUUUUGAGGAUGAGGGCAAUUGUUGUGAGUCUGGAUGGGACGCGGGCUGUUGAAGACUCUAUUGAUGCGGCGGUUCGUUCGAAUGAUGAGGCGAGGGCGUUGGGGAAGGAGUUGGCUGAGAGGCUUGUCAAGGCCGGUGCGGAUACCAUUUUGAAGGAGAUUGUUGCCAAUCGACCGCCCAAGGAUUGA